AUGCCGGACGACGUGUUGGCCAGAAUCUCAUGGAUCAUAUGGUUCAUGUGGAAAUCACGAAACGGCAAGGUCUUCGAAGGUAAGGACUCGACGCCAUUGGAAAUUCUCCAGUCUGCGACCUCGGAAGCUGAUAGCUGGAGCCUGGCGCACGUAGUUCCGGAGAAGCGGGAGGUGGAGGACAUAACGCCUUUACCCGUAACACAAGAUUCACCAUCAAUGCGCCCGUUUUGCAGGUUCGACGCAUCUUGGAAAGAUGAUGAUGCUAGGUAUGGUGGUGGCUUCGUGAUGGAGAAGGAGGAUGGGAUCACAAUGUUUGGUUCAUUUACUAGUAACCGAGUAUUGUCCCCCCUACAUGCUGAGUUUAAUACUCUGCUAUGGGCCAUGAAAUCCUCACUACUUCUCGGUCACGACUCGAUGACGUUUGAAUCAGAUUGCCUGUAA